AUGGUUCAGGAAACCGAGGGUGUUGAUGGGGUGGUGACUCUAGGCCGCCAACCUUCCAGUGACCCGUCUCGACAAGGCCGGGCCGAACAAGGUUACAAACUGUGCCCCGAAACACUCCAGGAAUUGGAACAGGCUUCAGAAGAAGAUGGAGCUCGGAUUCAGAGGCUUGAAAAAGCUGUACGCACAAUCCUUGAAUGCGUCGGAGAAGAUCCGGAUAGAGAAGGCCUACGCGCGACACCAGAAAGAUAUGCCAAAGCCUUACUUUAUUUCACCAAGGGAUAUUCAGAGAAUGUUCAAAGUCUGGUUAAUGGAGCAGUUUUCAACGAGAACGCCAGCGAACUCGUUAUUGUGAGAAAUAUUGAUAUUUUCUCUCUUUGCGAACAUCACUUGAUUCCCUUCACUGGAAAGAUACAUGUAGGGUAUAUUCCAGAUGGUCGCAUCUUGGGCCUUUCAAAAGUGGCCCGUUUAGCCGAGAUGUUCUCUCGCAGACUCCAGAUUCAGGAACGCUUGACCAAACAGGUUGCCCUGGCCAUUUUCAAUGUGCUUAGGCCCCGUGGCGUUGGAGUCAUCAUGGAAUCCUCUCAUCUUUGCAUGGCCAUGCGGGGUGUGGAGAAGGUUGGAAGUACUACCACUACUAGCUACAUGCUCGGGUGCAUGCAAUCGAGCUCGGAGGCUAGAGACGAAUUUUUCGCCCUUGUUCAUAAGGGAUAG